AUGAAUUUCGCUUGGGUCACAAAGCAACAGAAGCAGCCAAGAACACAUGCGGUACGAUGGGUCUGUAUGGAUCAAUGGCUAUCCAAACUGAUUACUGGCGAUGAGAAGUGGGUGUUAUAUGUUAAUUACACGCGUGAACGUCAUUGGUUGAGUACUGGGCAAACAGGCAGUAUUAAAGAACGUAUUCAUUGGAAAAUUCUACCAAAUGGUUACACCAUCACUGCUGAUAUGUACUGUCAACAAUUAGAUCGGAUUGCAGACAAACUCAAAAGAAAGCAGGAUCGAGUUUAUUUUUUACAUGAUAACGCAAGACCACACAUUGUAAAGUCGUCGACCCGUGAAAAAUCCCAGGACUUCGACGAGCGCGGGAUCAUGUCUCUUCCAGAACGUUGGCGACAAGUGGUAGAUAGCAAUGGCUCUCGAGCUCGUAUCGGAACGACGGGUUCCAAGUCGACGGAUCGUUAUACUGAUCCCACUUGUCGCCAAGGACAAGCAGUACGCAUUGCAUCAGCAUGAAAAUACGAUUGGCUCAAAAAUAUAGAAUCCGUUGCUAACAUUUCGACAACACGAUACUCGAUUAGCGGUUUUGAAGUCCACGGGUUUAUCUUACUAUCUCAAUCAUUGUUUAAGAAGAACAAAUUACGUUAUCCAACUGGAUUCAUCAUUGCCUCUGAAUAUUUUUUUCGUAUUUUCAUAUACGGAAUCAAGGUGUUCUAUUCACUUAUUGUCACUCAACGUCGAAAGAAAAGAUACUGA